UCCAAGAGCAACCGCACAAGAUCCAAUGGGUGUGCAAGGUUCUGAGAAAUGGAUCAUUUGAAGACUUCCUAGGGAGGGUCAGAAGAGUCAGAAGAGCACACCAAACGAACCUUAGGGUGUCUUUUUCAUGGUGUCGUGUGGCCCUCUCAACUCUGGCUGCCCACUGGUAUGGGCCAGAAUGCCCGACGUGAAAAGUGGCAGACGGCGAAUGAUAUGACACUACAGAGAUCACGGGCGGUUUAGUCCUUUCAUCUUGAGCCCAGUCAGUCCCAGUCCAGUCGGCUCUUGGUCUUGGAAAUAAGGGUCAGUCUACCGCGGUCCCAGAUAAAUGGAAACGACUCUCGUAACCUCGCUAGCACUGAAGAAAAUGGAUGACCGAACAAUUGGGGACGAACGAAACCACAAGAAACGACCUAGGGCCACCGGGGGAAGCUCCCCUGGCCCCCCCUAGAAGCUUUCUAGGAUUGGAUUUUGCACCGGUGAUGACGGCGUUGCAGACAUCGACCAUUUAUUUGCCGACCUUGACUGGGAACUUUUUGUGCCUGAGGUGCUAUCAUAAUCAUAGUCAGUUCACUUACAAUCACGGGGAACAAAGCGAUGAGCAUCCUAGUGUCCAAGCCCAAUCUCAAUCUCGUGGCGCGGCGGGACCGUUCAAUGUUUUCCCGUGUUUUAUUUCUUUUUUGGGGCAUGGCUCUCCGAGCUGCAAAUUGUCGCAAUUUGUGACAGUAACCCCAAGGGCCCAAAGACGUUACCAACCGCGGCAGUAGAUCACGAUUGAUAGGCCCUGGGAGAUGAGCAAUCCAGCCUGUCUUGUCACCCAGAACCACCGCUCUCAUGCCUCGAACCCGAACAAAGAUUAACGGCGCGGGUGAACAAUUUAUUGGUAUCACAAUGCUGUGUUUCCCCACAGGCUGUAAUUUGGCUUUCAGUGAGCCAAGCAAAAUGGUGAAAUUGGCACACGGUUAGAACGCCAGACGCGUGGGUUUUGGAGCAGACGCGUUUUCUUACUCGCUACACGCGCUUGCUCUGCCGCCUCAGCCUCGGCCGAUUCUCGUGGCCUCGCGCCACAGCACCCUGGGUUGCAUAUCGAAGAUUGGCCGUUGCACAACCGCAACUUAUCUAUCAAUAGUUCAGAUGAAUGGCGCAGUCAAGCAGGUCUUUCCUGCAAGAGCCUCCAACUCGUAUCGAGCAUCCAGGUUCAUACCUAAUCUCCAACUACUUAAGUGGCGCUCUUGUCAAAUUCCAUCCGUAAGAGCCUACAGAAGGCCCUCUCACGUCCUGGCGCUGUCUCGGGGUCGCAUGAAAUGGCCUCUGGACUUUGCCCCUCGUUCAUCCCCAAACCUUAGGCUCCUACCUCAGGGCCCUCGUGGGUUAAUUGGUACGUGCGGGAGGCCGUCGUCCAACAGCCGGGGGGGCAUUAAUCAAACAGCCAGCCUAGCCUUGGGUGCUUUUCCUUCCGCUGGGACGUGCCCUGGGAUUAAUGCUCACAGGGGCCUGGAGGGCAAAAAGAAAAGGGGGAGGGGAUAGGAGAGGGGAAUAUCGACGAGGGGCAUUGUGACCGUUGAAGUGACGAAACACGCUGGGGAAUCACUUAACACGCUUGGGAAUGACAAAGGGCUUUGCUGAAGCUGUGACAAGAGGGUAAGCAAUGCAGCGUCAAGAGGUUGAUGUGAUGGAAACAAGGAACAGCUUUUUCCGAAACGUCCAGGCCCUUGUCACACACGUGUACAAGUCCGUUGGUAGUGCGAAUUAUGCAGCGCCAUUCUGGGCAUAACUGGGCAUAAGACGCCACCCGGGUUUUUAGCCGUUAGAGCUGAAGGUUCUGUUCUGUCCCAUCUUUAAGCCUUUCACGGUCGAUCAUCUCAACUUGUGAGCCCUAAAGUGGUUCCUGGAAACCACUCCAGCCUCUGUUUGUGCAUUAUGAUCGAUACACAUGGUGUCAUUGUGCCUGAUGAACGUGUAAGCAGGUUUGUUCAGUGGUUGUAACGUCAUUUAGAUACAAAUAUCACAUAUCAGAGGAU